CCUAACUUAUCCUAAUGUCAUAUGGGUGCCAGUGUAUAAAUUUCGUUCUCUUAAAUUCGUCUAUUUUUCUUACAUAAUUUAACAUCAUAAAUGUUAAUUACAAUAUUAAAAAGUUAGUAGUGAGUGUUCAAAAUGUACAAAACGUUGAUAAACUUAAAAAAACUUUCGUCUUCAACAAAAACAUUGUGCAGUGUUGAAUCAAUACUUGAUUCUGUGAAAAUCGGUGUCUUACCAGCUUUGAACAUAACCUCGCAAUAUAGUGAUAAAGCAUCUCAUAAGAGAGAUUAUUUGGUUAAUAAGAAAAAAGAAGAGGGUACAGAUGGAGAAAAGCAUAUUGAUAUUGAUUAUUUAGCGAACAGAGCUAAAAUGUUUCCUGACAAAAAUACACCAUCACUUUUGUUUGAUGGUGUUCCUUUUUCACAAUUGCCGAUUUGUUUUAUUAGAACAUCGCCUAAUAAUACAAUUAUUUCGGUUGCUGAUUAUGACGGCAAAGUAAUGCGAACAAAUAGCUGUGGAUUAGAGGGAUACAAAAAUGCUAAGAAAGGUACUAAUAUCGCUGCACAACAAACUGCCAUAGCGAUUGGCACGAAAACUGUAAAGAGUGGUAUUAAAAAUGUCAGAGUUUGCAUUAAAGGUCUUGGCCCUGGUAGAGGGUCAUCUAUAAAGGGUCUUGAGAUGAGUGGAUUGAACAUCAUAUCAGUCACUGACGUCACUGGCAUUUCUUGGAAUCCACCGAGACCGAGGAAGGUCAGACGAGUUUAGAAUAGACAUUUGAAAUUGCAAUUCUUAAGAAAAAUGUGAAAAGUACAAUUUAAUACUGUAUAAAUGAUUUAUUAAAAUUUACGUCUUUUCAUCAAAUAA